GCUUCAGAGCACACUCCUGCAGUGGCUGCGGGGAAAGCAGCCCAGCAAUUAAGAGCUACUCUGUUGUCCUACUGUCUUUGUAAAGCUGCGAGAGAAGCAGGUUUUGUGGCAUAGCAUGGAUUUGACAUCAUCACAACAUAAUCAUCUACAGAAUGAACUGAUAAAAGAAAGACAAGAAGGGGAAAAAGAAGAUGAACAGAUAGUUGCAGAAAUCAUGAGAAGGCGUUUUUUUCCUGCUGUUAUAACUCAUAAGACCUGGGAAGGCUUUCACUUUGCUGGCCAUGAGAUAAGAAUUACAGAAGCCAUUGAUUGUUAUGGGGCAGUCGUCUGGCCAUCGGCUCUUGUUCUAUGUUAUUUUUUGGAAACUAAUUCUAAACAAUGCAAUUUGGUUGACAAAAAUGUGAUUGAAAUUGGAGCUGGAACUGGGUUGGUCUCCAUAGUAGCCAGUUUACUGGGUGCACUUGUGACUGCCACUGAUUUGCCAGAACUGCUUGGAAACCUCCAGCACAAUGUUCUCCGAAAUACAAAGAUGAAAUGCAAGCACCAGCCUCAUGUUAAGGCAUUGUCUUGGGGAGUUGAUCUGGAAAAGAAUUUUCCUAGGUCUUCCUGUCACUUUGACUACAUUAUGGCUGCUGAUGUAGUUUACCACCAUCCCUUCCUGGAUGAACUCCUCCUAACUUUUGAUCACUUGUGCAAGAAUGACACUGUUAUUCUGUGGGCUAUGAGAUUUCGGUUGGAAAAGGAGAACCAAUUUGUUGGCAGAUUUCAGACACUGUUUAAUUUAGAGGUGCUUUCUGAUUUCCCCAGUUUGAACAUAACCCUGUAUAAGGCGAUGAGGAAAAGCAGGAUGACAACCAGACCUUUCAAACUCAUGGUCUAAAAGAGAGGGAGAGGGAGGUGACAGCUUCAGCUGUUCUCCAGCUUGUUCUCUUUCCAGUAAUUUCCACCCUAGUAGCUGGUAACACCUGCAUGAAUGACAUCUUUAGAAUUAGGUAAAACAAAACAUCAGAUUCUUAGUGCAUCCCUAACAAAUUCCUAAAUUCAAUUUGCUGAUACAUUUCUUCUGCAGAUGAAGCUAUAUUUGACAUUUUCUUGACUUCUAUGUGCUAAGCUGACGCUACUAAUAACUUUUGCAAGUCUUACCUUUAUUGUUAUGGUUAUGUAAUGAAUAUUUUCAUUAGCUUUCAAUUGCAGCUUUGCAUGGUGUCUUAUAAGAUCAACUGAUCAUUUAAAACUUGAGACUAUGAUAAAUCUUUAUAUUUAAAAAUUGUGGUGUUAAAUGUGAUCUUUCCCUCUUCUCACUAUUGUGUGAAUCCUUCAUUUGAAUAGCCUUUAUAGCAUAUUAGCUGAAAAAAAACCAUCACCUGGGAAAUAUACUGUCAUAACAAAGGGACAGAAUGUAUUAGUUACCAUUUGAUUUAAUGAUUAUGCUUUUUUCCCCCUCCAUUUUUUUAUUUAGAUUUGGGGAUUCUUCAACAGACAGCUGCACACACACAGAUUUAAAUGUCUUUUUGCUUGAACAAAGGUCUUGGAUAAGAAAAGUACAGCAUAUCACAAGGUGCCCUUUGUAAAGACCUUAAAUUCUUGGAGGUCUGCUUCUCCAAAAAUAGACGGUUAUCUGGACCUCAGGGAACAGCAAUGGAAAAAGGACAGUGGCCGUCCAAAGAAGUUUUGCACUGCCAGCUGGUGGUGUCUGGAGGUAGGAAAAUAAACCAGCCUGACACAGUGCGGCUGAAGCAUGGGCAGGCUUGGAUGAUAAUUUGGUUUUGUAGUGUGAGAAAACAACAUGCUUUUCUCCUAGCCAAUCAACACUGUGUGUUCCUGUUCUCAGUGCUCAGAUUAAUGUCCUUAGAAGUCUAUCAGAGAACUUUCUUUUGGGAAGAUUAAUAAAAUUAUUCUUUGCACACUGCAUAUUUUCUGAUUCUGUUCGUAAUUGAGUGCGAGAUACCUUCAAAUCCCUUGCAGACUUGAGAAGAAAACCUAUCUCAUGUGCUAAUGUCUGGGUACUAAUGUAACCACCUCUGUUGCAUGCAAUUGCUCUAGUAACAUGAGGACUCUGGGCCUUGUCAGUCUUCACUGGUUUAGUUUCUAUUCACAGUUCCUCCAGGAAUUUUUUAUUUAUUAUCAGAUUUGAGCAUACAAAUUUUUUUUUCCAUGCUGUGUAAUAGAAAUAAUUCAGUUUAAGUGAAUAAAGAAAACAUGGAUUUCUGCCAUUUCAAGAUUUUCUCUCCCUGCUUUCUUCCUCCUAACUCACUUGCAACCAUCAAAUCCACUGCAAUUGGAAUUCUAAUCCUUUCAUCCCAAAGGGCAUCUCUGUUUACAAAUGUUUCAUGGAUAAAUGGGUUGGCGCUGUAAUUAGUGAGAAACAGCAGAAAUAUCCUGUGAACUCCCUAGUGAUGAGGGCUAAAGAGGAAGACUACAGCAAAAUAUUUAUAUAUGAUCACUUUUAAAUAGGCGUUCUGCUGAUUAGCUCUCCUAUUUGGGCUACAGGCUGUCCCCCCGCUGAGCUCCUGUUGAAGUCAACAGGAGAUGUAUUUGUUGAAUGGAUGCGGG